AUGGACGCCGAUCUGGGUAUCAGCGGCGCCAAUUUCCUGGUGGCCGAAACCGGCACGCUGGUCAUUAUUACCAACGAGGGGAACGGGCGGUUGUGCACCUCCGCGCCGCGCGUCCACAUCGGCAUCACGGGCAUGGAGAAGGUCAUUCCAUCGCUGCAGGACCUGGCGGUGUUCCUGCGACUGCUGCCCCGCUCGGCCACGGGACAGCGGAUUACGUCCUACGUCAGCAUGGUUACCGGCCCCCGGCGAACCGACGACGAGGAUGGGCCGGAGGAGUUUCACCUGGUCAUUGUCGACAAUGGACGCAGCACGUUGCUGCGUGAUCCCGAGCUGCGAGAAAUCGCUGUAUUGCAUCCGUUGCGGUGCGUGUCUGAACGUGUGUCCGGUGUACCAACGGGUGGGCGGCCAUGCCUACGGAUGGGUGUACCCGGGGCCGAUUGGCUCCAUCGUUACGCCGGCGCUGGUGGGCGUGGCGCAAGCCAGGGAUUUGCCCAACGCAUCCACGCUGUGUGGAGCGUGUCGGGAAGCUUGCCCGGUGAAAAUAAACAUACCCCGGAUGCUGCUGCACCUGCGGCACAAGCUGGCGGAAAGUCCGGAUUCCCAGGAACGCACCGCCUCGGACACCGACACGUUGAUGGCCCGUGGUUUCGCAACCGUUAUGUCGAGUCCGGCGUUGUUGAAAGUGGCGCGCGGUUUGGGUCGGCUGGCCCUGAAACCGUUGGCCAAACGCGGCAAAAUCGGGCCGUCGCGGCUGCCUUUCCUGUCCCGCUGGACGGCAUCGAAAGACCUGCCGGCUCCACCGGCCCGUUCGUUCAGCGACGUGUGGCGCGACGAACUCUCCCGCAGUGA